AUGGAAGAAGCCAUGAUUAAUGCAAAGGUAAAGACACUUUAUAAGCGUUACGAAGAGAUCAAUAGCACGUCAUUGACAUGUUCAGAGCUGGAAUGUUUUUUUUUUUUGAAUUCCAUACAUAAUGUUCCUGAGGAAGAAUCGGCCAUGUACCUUUUUCAAACGUCGAAUAAUUUAGUCUUGUAUUUGUAUAUGCAAUCAUUUGUUUUCCUUUCUGAGGUUUUGACUUUAAAGAUCAAGAAACAUCCCCUCAAAUUAAAAUUGAUGGCGAUGAAAAUCUUUGAAACAUACAUCCCAGUUGAAUCUUCCGAACAGAGACGUGAAAUAGACGAUGAUCAAAUGGUAGCGGAUCCGAAUGAAAUGUCACUACAAGAUAUAUUUGAAUCCGAAUUUCAUUGUUCUGAAAAUAUGAUGUUGAUCUGUGAAUACCUCAAUAAAAUCUGCUCAAAUGAUUCUCUGAUUGAUUUGAGGCCCAAUUCGAUUUUUACAAAACAACUUCCUUCAAACAUUCUAGUGCCUUAUCUUGAAGAGCUCGAUAACCGGAUCGAAAUGAUUUGGAAUGAUAAGAUUGAUGAUCUACAAUGUUCGGAUAAAAAUGAUCAUUUAAUGGUUUCAACGAUACGAAUCUUGCGCAAGACUUUACCAAUUUUUAUUAUGGCAUUUUCGCAAGGACCAAAUAAUCCUCUUUUGAAUUUGACUGCGUUAAAAAGAACGCAUUUAAAUGAAUUUGUGCAAGUCAGCCUAUGGUACAUAUCAUCUAUAAAUUACGAGUUCGGAGAGAUAACCACGAAUAACGAUUUACAAGAAUACGCAGACGGUUUAGGAUAUUUAGAUGGAAGCGUGGUCAAUGAUAAAGUAAAGUGCGGAAGAAGAAUACCCAAACCUCUGGCCAUCUUUGGUGGUCAAAGUUUUCUAACCCGAAUUCAUUUGCAAUUUAUGGAUUAUUGUGGAGGAGGAAAAUUCCGCCUUAAUGAAGUAGACAACGCCAAUCUACCAUGCGACUUUACAGAGAUGGGGGAUUUCGUAUUCUUUUACGAAUGUAUUAUAAAAUGGGCCUUGCUAGCUCGGGAAGUCAAGGAAGCUUUUGAGAAAACUCACGCGAAUACUCAACAGUCCACAAUAUACCCGGAAGCCGUCCUCGUAAAUACGCGUAAAGAAAACGAGAAGGAAGAGGACAAAAAGAAACUAAAGAAUAAGGAACCCUAUUCGAAAAAUCAAGAAUCCGAAGCAAGUAAAACCAAUUCGGAUCGAGGGUUCCAAGGGAGUGAAGAACAACUUACGAGUUGA